AUGGUGGAGGUCACUCUUCGUCAAAAAAUUUACGGUUUGGCCGAUCUUCUACUGGUUGGAGUCUUUGUAUUCAGACAGGCCAAGUGUUGUUCAAUUCAUCAUCAACGAAAUGGUAUUUCGGAUCUCGGAAGCGAGAACCAUUGGGACGACGUUUCAAAACCACUUUAUUUCACACAAAUCACGUUGCCUUUGAAGAUAUCCGUGUCAUAA